AUGACUCAAGAUGAGGAGCGGGCUAGCGAGAGCACCCGUCUUCUGCCUCACGGUAGGAGGCUGAGCUCUUUGCCAGGUGAAGGAGAUGCUGCUUCGAUCCUUUCUUCGCAUAUCAGCAAAGAAGAACAGGCACUUGGCGAAAGCGCAGUAGGAGAACGUCUCCCAUACAACGACUACACGACGAUCGAUUGGCUGCACGACUUGGUCAAAGACUCGUUCAGACAUCGUUCUGUCCACAGUGGGCACGGCAUUCGACAUGCGCUUAGAGCUUCGUUCGACUCCUGCCAAGGCUGGAUAGCAGCCGCUCUGAUUGGCACGCUGACAGCAUGUGUCGCCUUUCUGGUGGAUAUUGCUGUAGCCACCGUAAGUGACUGGAAAACUGGGUAUUGCAGCAGUAAUCCAUUCGCAAGCAAGGAACUCUGCUGUACUUCAAAGUCACGACUGUGGCCUCUUGCUGAUGCUGGGGAGACAUGCGCGGACUGGCGCUACUGGACGACCAACUACUGGCAUGGGUUCGGCAUUUAUGUGGCAUUUGCCCUCGCCUUCGGAAUCAUCAGCGGCACAAUCACUUUGACCACCAAACGGGCUCUGCCGGCCACUGCCCCGGGUGCGGGAGACGUAGAUCCGGUGCAGACGAUGAGUGAUCGAGCGAGCAACGAAAUGCUGAAACCUACAGCUGCUGGCAAGUCAAUCUAUAUGGCAGCGGGGAGUGGCAUUCCUGAGAUCAAGACAAUUCUGUCUGGUUUCGUCAUUCCUCAUUUCCUGGACUUCAAGGUUCUCGUUGUGAAAGCCGUAGGCUCCACCUUUGCCGUAUCGACAGGGAUGUGUCUGGGGAAGGAAGGCCCGUUCGUCCACAUAUCGACGUGCGUUGCGUACCUCGUUGGUGUCCAAUUCCCGAAAUAUCGGGAGAAUGGGCGAAAGCUGCGAGAACUACUUGCUGCUGGGUGCUCGAGCGGGCUUGCCGUGGCGUUUGGUGCUCCGAUCGGCGGGGUGCUCUUCGCAUACGAGGAGAUCUCGACCUAUUUUCCCCGAAAGGUGCUCUGGCGGGCAUUCAUCUGUUCUCUGUUCGCCGCGAUGACCCUCAAGGCACUCAAUCCGACCGGCACCGGGAAGCUCGUGCUCUUUGAGACCAACUAUGGCACGACGUACGAGCCUUACCACUACGUCGUGUUUGUCGUCCUUGGCAUUGCCGGUGGCAUAUUCGGGGGCGUAUUCUGCAAAGCAAAUUUUGCUUGGUCACGCAGCUUCCGUAAGUACAGCAUCAUCAAGAAUUACCCGGUCUUCGAGGUGGUCCUGGUCGUGCUGGCCACGGCACUCUUACAAUAUCCGAACCCUUUAACCCGAGAGCCGGGCGACGUCAUUAUCAAGAACCUCCUAGUCGACUGCACGGAAAGUCCACAGACAGCUUAUGUCUGUGUGCAGGAAGGAGAUGCUUCGCCCUCGCGCAGAUAUAUAGGCUGGCUCGCGUAUGGAACGCUGGUGAAACUGGUCCUCACCAUCAUAACGUUCGGCAUCAAGGUGCCGUCGGGGAUCAUUAUUCCUGCCCUUGAUGGCGGAGCGUUCUUUGGAAGACUGGUCGGCCAACUGCCUUUCCUGGCACAUACCAUCUCUCCGGGCAUCUUCGCGAUGGUCGGGGCCGCGGCUUUCCUGGCUGGCGUCAGCCGCAUGACCAUCAGCCUGGCUGUGAUCAUGUUUGAAUUGACGGGUGAAUUGGAAUUUAUCGUGCCGAACAUGAUCGGGAUAAUGGUUGCCAAAUGGGUGGCCGACGCCUUGGAGCGUGAAGGCGUCUACGAUCUCGCACAAACAGUUCUGGGCCAUCCGUUCCUUGACCUCGACCAGAGCACGAAGCUGGUCCAGGAGCAUGCUUACCUAGUCGAGGAGCUGAUCCCUCCGACCCAGACCAUGCGUGAGAUUACGGUCGAUGUCCCUCAGAGUGGCGUCGUUCCUCGUAUUCUGCUGACAGAGAAGCUGCACCAACUGCGCCGUCGGGGUCUUAUGGAUGCUGGUCUGGUGCUCGUUCAGCGGACGAUGUUACAAGGCUACUUGGCGGAAGGAGAACUAGAGUUUGGGCUCGAAACUUUGGGCCAGAGUUUCGGCGAAGGCUGUGUGGUGCGUCUCCUCCCCGCAAUAGCAGGGGUCGGCGUGCCAACGGAGCACGAAGGGGAACUCGACCUGUCCCACUUCAUCGACCGCACGCCCUUGACCAUAUGUGCGAAGGCACCGAUGGAGUAUGCGGUCGAGAUGUUCGGCAAGCUCGGACUAAGGCACAUAUGCGUGACAGAGGAAGGCAGCGGAAGACUUGUGGGGGUGAUCAUCAAGAAGAGGCUGGUGGUUUGGCUUGAGAGUUUGAAACACUGA